AAUAGCAGCACAGAAGCAGCAGCUGCUCAUGAGCACAGACGUCCAGCAACUGACCGACCGAACAAACCCUGCUGCUGCUGCUGCUGGAGGAUCAGAGCUCACAGACACCCACACUCAUCUUCAUCAUCAUCUGAGGAAUGGCUCUGGACUUUGUUGCAGGAUGCAUUGGAGGCGUUCAUGUUUCAGGAGCCGCAGGCGUGCUGGUCGGACAUCCGUUUGAUACGGUCAAGGUGAGACUGCAGGUUCAGAGCGUGGACAAGCCCUUGUACCGCGGCACGUAUCACUGCUUCCAGUCCAUCGUCCGUCAGGAAUCGAUGUUGGGCCUCUAUAAGGGCAUCGGCUCGCCCAUGAUGGGCCUGACCUUCAUCAAUGCCAUCGUCUUCGGCAUGCAGGGAAACGCCAUGCGAGUGUUGGGCACGGAUACGCCUCUGCACCAGUUCCUAGCGGGCGCGGCGGCCGGAUUCAUCCAGUGUGUGAUCUGCUGCCCGAUGGAGCUGGCCAAGACCCGCAUGCAGAUGCAGGGAACGGGCGAGAAGAGCGCCUCCAGGAAGAUGUACAGGAACUCUCUGGACUGCCUGAUCCGCAUCCACCGGAAGGAGGGAGUCCGAGGAAUAAACCGAGGAAUGGUGACCACCGUCAUCCGCGAGACGCCUGGAUUCGGCGUCUACUUCCUCGCCUACGAUACGCUGACGCGCACACUGGGCUGCGACGCCGAAGCCGACUACAUCAUUCCCAAGCUGCUCCUGGCGGGUGGCAUGGCGGGAAUGGCGUCCUGGAUCUCUACUUAUCCCGUGGACGUCAUCAAGUCCCGCCUCCAGGCGGACGGAGUGGGCGGAGCCAACAGGUACGACGGCAUCGUGGACUGCGUCCGUCAGAGCUGGCGGCGGGAAGGAUGGAGAACUUUCACUCGAGGCCUGACGUCGACUCUCUUGAGAGCGUUUCCCGUCAACGCCACAACAUUCGCCACCGUCACACUCUUCCUCAUGUACAUGCGCGAGAACGACGACAGCAUGAAGGACUGCGAACCCAUGCAGCCGAGCCUGCAGCACAGCAGCCUGUGACUCGAAGAUCUGAAGACUUGAAUCUUCUUGAGAUGGAAACCACAGAUUCACUGCCCCGAUAAACCUCCUCCUGACUCCAGACUCUGUCUAAUAAAGAGAGAAAAGGUCAGCAAACGCAAAGGCUGAACAAUGACCUUACAUUAUCUUAACCACUUUAUGUUUAAUGGACCGUACCGCUGAAUUAUUGGGAUGAAUGAGUGUCCACUGGGUUCGAGGAUUCCCAGACCAGCAUCUGUAGAAACGCCUGACGCUGAUGAAGGACCAGAGCGACGUACCGCAGGAGAUUUGGACAUCGACGAUGGGAUCAUUUUAAAACGCUUAACGUGGCUUAAAGACAGUGUUUUCGAAACUCAGUAAACCCAUUAAUAAAGCAUACUAAUUACAGACAAGCAGAUGAGCCCAGAAUACGAACGCAAUACGUUUAAUUAGGUGUUAAGCGUUUUCCUCCCAUAUAACAUUAUAAAGAAAACGCUUAAUGUGGCUUAAUGCGUUAAGACAGUGUUUUUGAAAGACAAAACUUUUUUAAUAAAGCAUACUAUAUAAUGACAAGCAGAGCCUAUAAUAAAACACAGUUUUAAUGCAUCCACAUUGAUGUUUUCCUAUGGAAAGAAAACGCUUAACGUGUUAUUAAACGCAUUGCGUUCGUAUCCUGGACUCAUCUGCUUGUCUGUACAUAGUAUGAUUUAUUAAUAACCUGUUUACAGAGUUUGGUCUUAUAAAAACACCGUCUUAACUCAUUAAGCCUUUUAGAAUGUCCCUCAAUGAUCUCGUAUGAGAGAACUGUGACACGUCUGCAAGUUAUUUAUCCCGUUCCCACACGGUCCAAAAUAAUGUGCAAAAAUGUACCUUUAACGAUGCAACAGCAUGUGACUGGGACAGAACUGUUCAGGGGACAAAUCUGUACCUUAUUUACACCUAAAAGGUGAAUAUUAUACAAGUCAUAAGGCUUCAAGGUCAUGGCUUCAGUUCCCAGGAAAAGCAAGAGCUGAUGAAAUGUAAAUGUGUACUUUGAAUGCAAUGUAAGUCGCUUUAGAUAAAAGUGUCUGCCAAAUGCAUAAAAGUAAAUAUUAGUACCUUAGAAUAGCAAUAUGUGCUCUUAUAUAUGCACUUCUUAGGGGUAAAUAAAGUGCAAACUUGACUUCUGUUACAGUGGCAAGCUGUUGCAACCCUAUAAGUACAAAUUUUUUCUGAAAGUGCAUGUUAAUCUUGUGUCAGGUACAAACUUUGAGACUUUCCAUUUAGACAUAAAAGUAAACCUUAAAUGCAAAGUUGAUUUCCCGAUUUUAAUCCCGAUUAGUGAAACUAGAUGAAUGCAGGGACUCUCAGACCGCAAGAGCUGCAGAUGAUCUUGAAAGACUGUUGGAGAAACGGUCACAUGGUCCUACAUGUUUACAUACAUAGAGUCAUUUUGUAAUCGUUAUUUAAUCUUUACAUGCACCUUAAACAUGUGACUAGUUCCUGACAUGCCUGUAAUCGACAUAUUCCUGUAUAUACGAUAUAUUUGCAUCAUUUGUUGUCGUUCUCCGGUAUUUUUAUGAAUUUAAAUACUAUGAGGGAUUUCAUAGGCAGAUUAUUGAUGACUGAUCAUCAGUGUUUUUGAUUCAUGAAGCUCAAGGGAACAGCGUUACACACAGAUCAACAGUCACACACCUUCUACCCUUCAACAUAUUUGUCUCACAAAAUAUGGGGCAUUUAAACGGUUAACUGUCUUGACGAUGAACUCACAAACACUCAUGAAUGAAUGUGAAGAUAGCAGGUUACUCCUGAGUCUCCGCAUGUUCAGACUGACUGGAACACACUACAGAUUAUAUGAUGGAGAGGA